GUAGGGUAGUUGUUCCAAAAUGUCGGACGAAGUGAAUAUAAAUUCCAACGAAAGAACCCUUGAUACAGUCGAGUUUUCCUUGAGACAACCAAAAUAUGACCAAGUUAGUGUUUGCAGAUAUUUUGAUUUUCUUAAAUUUACAGCUUUUUACUCAGGCAUCAGACAUUUACGGAUUUACCAAUCACUAUCAUGUACUCUAUUCAGCUAUUGUACUGUAUUAUUACUAUUAACAAUAUAAACAGACUAGCAGGUUUAAUUAUAAUUUUGUGUUGGAAAUUAAUAUGAAAUUAUCAAUUAUGCAGUAAAUGAGCAUUCAAUUUUUUACAUUUUUAGAACACGUUUUGGGGAAGAUACAGGAGAUGUUUAGAUAUUAUUGAUCCCAGGACGCUGCUAGUCAGCAAGGUGUGGUACAUACAAGCAAAACAACCGAAACCUAUCUUGCAGUUGCCUACUGUCAGACAUUCCAACCACUGGAACUAAAAAUUAGGGACUCUGCUCAGUGAGUUCCAAAGCCAGAAAGAGAGGGUCUAGUUCUUCUCGGAAAAUAAUGAAAAUUAAGUCUUCUGAAAUGACAUUGCACCCAUAUUUUGGGAAUAUGUAAUUAUUACAAGUAAAAUGAUCCUAUAAAUUGUCACAAAGUAACUUCAUAAAAAAACUUCAUAAACUUUGCUAAAAACAGUAUUUUUUAUGAUUUUUUGAUGAUAUUCCCUGAAUACUUUGAAAAAUCAGCAGAAUUUGAUAAAAAUUGGGAGAUUGCAUGAAUUUUCAGGCGAUACCCGGCCUGGGAAAAUUGGGAGAAUUGGAAUGUUUGCUAUUGUGGCUCCAAUUUCCAGCAACAGUUUGUUUCGAGGUGAUGCCAAUAAAACUUGGCAUCCAGUUUUGUAAUCUCUUAACAACAACACCUACUAUUCACCAUAUUAACUCAUCACCCACAACAAACACCUGUGAGUUGGCCAAACCACAGCAUCAGCACCAUGUCAGAAGCAAAAUGCCUUGGGAAUAACAUGUUUUACUUUAUGUACACUGCUAAAAUAUAGCUAUAUUUGGAGAACUUGGACUAUGCUUUAUGUCCUAAUGAAAAAGAUUACAUACAUAUUUAUAACACCAUGCAAAUACAGAUGGUAUUACCACCACUGUACCAUCCAGGUGCUACCUACACUACUACUGACCCUAUCUCAAAUAUAAAUAACAUCACAAUCAACCAGAGAUGAUUGACACCACUAAUUUAUCAACAUCAGUGCUGUUGGCAUCACUAUGAUAUCUAGCUAUUCUGAUCAGUGAUUCUGAUGCUCAUUUACAAUGACCAUCAUAAUCUUCCAAAUUAUUGCAAUCACCAUUAUCACUAUUACCAUAACUGCUGCAGCUGAUAAUCAUGAUCAUAUUAACAUCAUUGUGACUGUAAUCUGGAAUAUGAUUCCCUUACCAGCACCAAUAGUGAUUUGCAUGCCUGCAAACAAUUUUGGUACAUUAUCCAUUCAAUUUUGCAGUACUGCUUUGUCAAUAACUAUAUCAGGAACAAAAUUCUAAUCACCAUUGUCAUCAGUUAAUUAUAUGUUACCACUGGACAAAAUAUGACUACCUUUACUGACUACCUACUAACCUACCAUUUGUGAUUGAUACACAUACAAUUUGUAUAUGUAAUCUUUCAACUAAUUAAGCUGCAUUGCACCCUAGGCUUUCAAUUGCAAAUUCAAGUGGAGAAUGUUGAACCUUACAGGUUAUAACUCUACCUGUACUUUUUAGGAAAAAGAACAAGAUUGUCUAAAGCUCCUAGAUGCAUAUAAACAUAACAAACUACCUCCUGAUGUGACCUCAGACCAAGUAUACACUGUUAAUUAAUGUUUUCUCAUUAUAUAAAUUAAUUAACUAUGAUGCAUAUUUUAAAUACUUAGCUGUAAGUCAAUUUUAACUUUAUAUAGUUAUGGGAAGCCAGAAAGAUUAAGGAGGUUGGUGAAUUUAAUUGUUAUUGUUGGUCAAUGUAAAAUAUGAUUCAAUAAAAUUUUCUUUAUAAUAUGAAAUUUUAUUAAGGAUUUUUACAUGGUGCAAUUUGCUGGACAAGUUCCAACUAGGUUUUGCUCAAUGUUAAUGACAAAUAUUUUUAGUUAACUGGUGAUAUAGUCCGAUGAUUUUUACCAUGCUUUCUUGAAAUAUCAUUCAUGUAGAAUGUCCUAAUAAAUUGCAAAAUAUAAUUGGCAUCAACGUAGUUGAGUAAUUUUAUCACUAGCCUCUUGAUUUGUGCAGAUGAUAAUGUAGUUAAAACUGAUCUUUUAUAUGCUAGGCUAUAUUUCAUCCUGAUACAAAUGAAAAGAUAUUCAUGCCAUUUCGCAUGGCAGGUAAGGAAAAAUCACCCACUAAGUAUUGUAUUUCAUGCAUGCACCUAUUUUUAAACUUUGUUAGAUUGCAUUAUUCUAUUUAUAUUGUAGUUCUUUCUUGUUUAAGGGUUUGUGCCAUUUGGAACUAUUACAGUAAGUAUCUAAUUGUCAUGUGUGAAGAUACCUAAAACCACAUUUUUUGUGUUUUGUAACUGUGUAAAAUGGUAUUUUAGGUUGUUGGAAUGUUGUUACCUGCCCCAACCUUAUCAACUGUUGUAUUUUGGCAGGUAUGGACUAUGGACAGUGUAUCAAUUGAAUUUUACUUUAAAUUAAACAUUCAAUUGCGCUGCUGCUAUGUUCCUCUAAAAAUUUAUUGACUUGAUUCUUUCUUUCAUUUUUUUCCUCUUGGUAAUAGUGGUUAAAUCAGAGUCACAAUGCUGCAGUAAAUUACUCAAACAGAAACGCUACUAAGGUUAUCAAAGUUUUUCCUUGUUUCCUCAAACUUCAUGUUCCUAAUUAAUAGAAGAAUAUAUUUAAUUGUUACAUGAAUCACUUUUGCAGCCUACACCAACCAGCAGGUUUAUUCUCAGUUAUGUAACGGCCAUUACGAGUGCUGUAUCCAUUGCUGUUGGCUUGACAGUUUUUGUUCAAAAAGCAAAAAUUUUUUCUCCUCAAGUUAGAAGAUCAUUGCAGAGAUUGAUUGCUUUCCCCGCAACAGGUAAUUAAACACACUUUUUAAGCCCACUUUUAACGCCCUGUAUAUUAUGAUCUUACAACAUAUUUACUACGUAUCGUAUAUUUAUUCAGCAAGUGCAAACAUCUGCAACGUGUUAGCAAUGAGGAGUAACGAACUUAUUGAAGGUGUUGAAUUGGUCGACAGUGAAGGCAACGUGAAAGGGACAUCGAAAAUUGCAGCGAAACGGGUAGGGAAGAUUUUAUCAUAAUUACUUUGCCCACGAGACUCCCACGAUUAGGUUUUCUUAAGAGUAAAUCACGUUUUUGUGUUCAUGUUGCCUCUUGGCGAUGCCAAUAACAGUGUUGAAUUUCAAAAUUGUUGUACAAUAUUACUGUAUUCAGUUGUAAUAUCUUGUGUAAAGCCACUCAAAAGUCUCAAACGUGGGUUCGCCUUGAACUUUUCUCACGGCGAAAAACUACGUAUACAAUCACUCGUCUUCGUCUCGUGUUUUCAAUAUCCUGCUAGUAUCAAUCAAUCAAUGUCAAGAGUAUUCACCUAAAUGCGUGACAGGAGAACAUGAUUAGCGGCUAAAGCGAUUUGUGGCGCUGGUUUUACGGUUUGAAAUAGCUUGAGUCUCGCUUUAUGUGUUCCUUAAAUCAAUAAAUUGAAAUGCUGUGUUUUUAUUACUAGGCAAUAUUUGAAACUAUUAUCACCAGAGUAUUUCUAUCUGGCACGGUUCUUUGUACUCCUGCAUUUGUCAUGACUGCAUUGGAAAGGUAAAAGAGUUGAGUAGACUUUUGAAAAAAAAUUUGAACAUCUCACUUACAAAUGAAUUUUAAUUAUUACUAUUUUUAUUAGGACAAAAUUCCUAAGGAGGAAUCCUCGAUUUACUUUACCAAUUCAAGCUAUCGUCUGCGUUUUAUCGUUUGGUAUUGCUCUGCCUUUUGCAAUCGCUUUGUUUCCUCAAAUGUCUCAGGUAAGAAAUCCUUUGUGUUAUUUCUGUUUCUGCCUUUCUAUUUUCUCUACCACCUGACAUUUUUUGGGUUGGUGCUAACCUGGUCAAGGGCGUAGAGGGCACCUGCAAUGUGUAGGUGGUGCAAAACUCUGGUUUUUCUUGAACUUCAAAAGUCACGUUCAGUAUCUCGCAUAGUACACGGCAAUGUGUAAUGCUGAUCAAAAUUCGGUUUGAAAAACGUGCGUGAAAAUCAGUGCAGUGGACAACGAUGAUGUGUUGUUGAUGCUAAAAUUGUCACUUAUAUAAGCUUGAUUUUCAUUGGCUCGUGGCUGACCUGAUCAAGUGAUAGUCACUAAUGUGAAAUAGUGUGCAUUAACUCUGCCAUUUAAUUUUAUGCUGUAUGCAAAUCAGGCUGCAGAUUGCAGAUUCAUACUUAAUAACAUCAGUCACCGUGACAUCACGAGCAAAUCAUGGCAAGCCGGCGGACUUUAAGAUUGACUUUGACCGCGUUUGAUACGCUUCUGCCUGUGUCAAUCAAAACGGCAUCCAAUUCACUCUCGAAUGGUCAUGUUUCAGCUCUCAAAUGCCAAGAAACAGACUGAAAGUAAAUGAUCUAUUUAUAGUAAACAAACAAAUUGUGCUUGUGCCAAAUUUCAAGUGCUGUGGAAUUUUUAUUGUAAAAAUAAUGGAAUAAUAGAGAAGCAUACUUGGGCCCGCCCUGAGCCUACGCGCACGUCUAUACUCCGAAAACAUGGAUAUUUGGGACUUUUUCCGGCAUAUAGGCCUUACUGCCUCCCUGGUGAAAAAAUCCUGCGUACGGCCCUGUGACCAAGUCGUGAUCAUCGAUCUAUAUUGGCCUUUCUGUGCUGUUUGCAAAUAAGUCCUUACAGAUUACAUAGAUCUGUAUAUAUAUAAUAUCUGCUACUACGACGGUGCGACCAAUUGGAGUUUAAAUGGACGCCAGACGUUCAUGUUUAUGUGUAUACGAAAACACACUUUUAAAACAGCGCAUAGCAAUUUUCAGCAACGGAACAAAUAUCAUUGACAUGUAAAUUGUUUGCUAUUAAUAAAAGUGGCAUGGGAUGACUUGACUUUUGUAAGCAAAUUAAAGCAAGUGAUUUCCACUUGAAAUUGAGUGAUUUCCAUGGUGAUAAAGUAGGCAACGAUUUGCUCGGUCGAUUUCUUAGUGUUUUGCAUGCAAUCGCACACACAGAGAAUGACUUGAAGUACGUUGAAAAUUUUUGAAUCCAAAAAUAUUGUCGACGUCACUUAUCUUGGUUUUCACAGACAGCGCAUGCAUAAGCGAAAAAGAGCAUGGACGUCCUCCUUAGGCUGACAAGCGAAGCUGAUUGAAUUUCCUUUCGUUUUGUCCUAGCUUGUUCUCUUCAAAAAACCUACUUGAUAUUGUUCUGGAAUGUUUUGAUACAAGAACUCAGAUCAUUAAAAAACCAGAGAGUUUGUACAGCGAUAAACUGGAGAUCCUGCUCUGGAGGGGGGAUGGGUGGGGGAGGGGGCGAGUUUGUGUUCCCGUGUUCACUUGAUAGGUUUCCCUCUGUUCCCCACAUUAGAUAUUCACCAUGUCCAUGUUCUCUUGUUUCUACAGCUUACAUGUUCCCUAAUGUUCCUUACAUGUUCUGUUUUGUUAUUGUGUUCCCAUUGCAAAAUGGGAACGCAAUUUUUGUAUUCGAGCCAAACCAUGCAUCAUUAUAAAUUUUAUUUGCCUCUUUAAAGCACUUAUCCUAGUAGCCCUUGAGGCAAUAGUCAGUGAAUUCAGAUAAAACACCAAAAGCGACUUCCAACGUUUUAACUGUGGACCGUCAUGGUUAUGAACCGCGCAAAUGAUGUAAAUAACGUGUCGGUUUGAACCACUACCCCGUCUACGGCGUACUAGAAUGCUCAAGGAACACUCAUAGGGCGCUUUCCAUUUACUGGUCUGACCGGUCAGACCCGAAUUCUUUUCUCUGUAUCAAUGGAAAGAUCUGGUCUAUGUUUCUCAAAUAUCUAGCGAAAAUGGACCUCAUUCUAAUGUUAUCUAAAUUUUCCAGUCAGAUAGGUCCGAAGCCCAAAUGUUUUGUGUUUCAUUCAACAAUUUGACCGUUCUGACCGGUUUGGCCGUGUUAAAGGAAAGCGCCCUAGUCGCCUUUGUCUUGAAGUAAAAUUCCAUUGUUGAUGUUCAAACGGGCCCAGCGAUAUUACAUCGGCAUGCAGCAAUGUUGUUGGGUUAAAAAUGUUGAACUGGUUUAAAGUGUCUUUACGUCGUAUACCACAUUGCAUUUAGCCUGCUCACAGCCCAAAAUUUAGCACCAAAUUCGAUUGGGCUGCGAGCAGGCUACAUUGCAUUCGCAUGUUGCUUUUUUUUUCAGAUUGAUGUGAAAGAUACGGAGCCAGAGAUCCAAAAUAACUGCAAUGAAUUAAUUUUACAUUACAACAAGGGGCUAUAAGCAAGUAUUAGUCACUGAUCUAAUAGUCUACUAUUAGAUCUGUGGUAUUAGUAAUAGAAUAAAUAAUUUAAAUAUAGGCAACAAAACAAAUUGAGAGCUUUUCGAAGUUUCCAAAACUAUGUGCGUCAAAGUUGAUAUAUGCUGCGCUGCAAAAGGAAUUGUAACGAUUUUAUUAAUUAUAUAUCGUUUUAAAUCUCUUAGGGACCAUUCAUUAUUUAUGACCAGCCGACCAAGGGUGGGCUGGCAAAAUAGACCUUUCCGGUAAUUACGUCACGACUAACACUGUUUUCAACUUAGGACCACC